AUGUCGCUAUACUCACCACCGCCGCGCCUGCACACCUCUCAGGAGGACAAGCCGACUCUCCUGGUGUGUUGGUGGAUCACAUUGUUCUGCACCACCAUAAUCCUACUGCGGAUAGCCGGCCGCUUCAUCCGCUCGGAAACGCUCUUCAGGGAGGACAAGACAGCCGCAUUCGCCAUUAUUCCGCUAUUGGCGCGCAUGGCAUGUCUGCACGUCAUUUUCAAUUACGGCACCAACAAUGCCCAGUUACCAGACGACCUAAGCGACGAGGACAUACGAAAAAAGACCAUUGGGAGCGGGUUAGUGCUUGCAACUCGCAUACUAUAUGCAGCGACGUUGUGGAUACUCAAGAGCGCAAUUCUCGAGUUCUUCAAAAGACUGACAAGCACAUCAUGGAAACGCUCACACGAUUUCACCUUGCUGUUCAUCAGGUGCACCCUGGUCCUAACCUUUAUCGGCGUCAUAGUCUCGGAUCUGGCCGAAUGCCGUCCCUUCAGCCAUUACUAUCAGGUGUUACCUGACCCUGGCGGGCAAUGUCGCCAAGGUUACGUGCAACUCUUGACCAUGGCUGCGUGCAACGUUAUAACCGAUUCAAUGCUUGUCAUAUUCCCCGUCACAAUUAUACUCAGGAGCCACAUGACGGUCAAGCGAAAAGUCCAGCUCACGCUAUUGUUCUCAUUGGGAUUGGGAGUAGUUGGAACGACGGUCUAUCGGGUGCCGCAUAUCAUCUGGCAAGACGGGAGCCAGCAGAUUCGAUCACUACUUGCAUCGGUUGAGCUACUGUUUGCCACUGCUGCUGCAAAUGCGUUGGUUCUUGGCUCAUUUGUCCGUGAUCGCGGCGUCAAGAAGGCAAAAUUCAGAUAUGGCUCCAUUACGGGCGAAUCGAUCGAGGAGUCGAUAUCGACAUCCCGCCGGAGGCCGACAAUAAGACAUUGGGGAAGCGACGAAGACUUGAUCAGGAGUCUGGGCUUGCGGGCGGACCGCGCACUUCGUCGAGAAUAUGAUCGAGGUUGGGAUACCUCACCGCAAUACACUCCGGCUCCCUUGGCCCGGGUACCCGAAGGCAUGAGAAAUUGGCAAUUUCCCAAGCGUCGCAGGAGCGUUGCUGAGACGAGCGACGAGUUCUUACUUGCCACUGGAGACGGACUAUCCCGAUCGACCACGGAAACGACACCCCGCAAGGUUUCGUUCUUUGACGUGGGUGGCUUGCUGGACGAAGAGCAGCAUGGGACACAGUGGCGAGAGAGCUUCAACUCCAGCAUUGACCCUCUUUCACCAGUCUCGCCAUACAGCGCACUGUCACCGCAUAGUAUGCCAACACCUUCGGUACCUGCAGCAUCAUCUGGCAUGAGAAGGGGAUCGCAAGCUCUGCUACAAGAUAUCGGAGGCCUGCUCACGCCAACUCAUUCGCCACCGUCGAGACCCAGCCCCGAGGUGAGCCCACGGACAACCGAGCUGCAGUCUAUAUCCCAUCUCCGACGAGGACCGGCAUUUGCGCAGGACUAUAGAAAUCAACCCGAGCUCAAGGAUCCGGGUGGUCUUCUUUCCCGAUAA